GACUUGUUUGGCAAUAGCUGGGGAAGACUUUGUUGUUGUGGCUUCAGAUACAAGGUUAAGUCAGGGAUUUUCUAUCCACACAAGAGAUUUACCCAAAACAUAUAAACUAACAAGCUCAACAGUGUUAGGAGCUUGUGGAUUCCAUGGAGAUGUGUUAACUCUAACAAAAGUCUUAAAUGCUCGAUUAAAGAUGUUUGAACAUGAGCACCAUAAAAAGAUGACUACAUCAGAAAUAGCAGCCAUGUUAUCCACCAUGUUGUAUCACAGAAGAUUCUUCCCUUACUACGUGAACAACAUCAUUGCAGGACUAGAUGAGGAAGGUAAAGGUGUGGUGUACAGUUUUGAUCCUGUCGGGUCCUAUGGAUCAGAUGGCUACAGAGCUAAAGGAUCAGCAGCUCCUAUGUUACAACCAUUGCUAGAUAACCAGGUUUGUUAAUUCAG